AGGGCUGUUUCUCUGACGACUAAGGGCGAAUAAGAAAAUGUCGAUUAUGAACACAUUCAGAAGAAGCGUAAGGGGUAUUUCUACUAGUAGUCGUCUCAUGCAGGCUGGAUUGGAGAGCCAGCCAAGUGCAGACUUCAACAUUAACGCACCAAGGAAUCCAGCUAUCGAUACAGAGUACCUCCAAUCACCUCUCCACGAAUAUGGUAGCUACUUGAUGGCCGCUAUGCCAAAGUUCAUCCAACAGUUCUCCGUAUACAAGGAUGAAUUGACGCUCAUGACAGCACCUUCUGGCGUUAUUCCUACAUUGGAAUUCCUCAAGCAACACACACAAUCACAGUUCAAAUCUGCUAUGGAUAUCACUGCAGCUGACUACCCAACCAAGUCACAGCGUUUUGAAGUUAUCUACAACUUGCUUUCCGUACGCUACAAUGCGCGUAUUCGAGUAAAAACCUACGCUGAUGAAGUCACGCCUGUUCCAUCUGCCACUGGUGUAUACAGAGGUGCUGACUGGUUCGAAAGAGAAGUUUGGGAUAUGUAUGGUGUCUUCUUCACCGGCCAUCCAGAUUUGAGAAGAAUCUUGACCGAUUAUGGAUUUGAAGGUCACCCACUUAGAAAGGAUUUCCCAUUGACUGGUUACACAGAAUUGAGAUACGAUGAAGAGAAGAAGCGUGUCGUACAAGAACCACUUCAACUCACACAAGCAUUCAGAAACUUUGAAGGCGCUGCUUCCGUAUGGGAGCAAGUCGGUGAGGGUGUCGACCACAAGCCAGAGCAGUUCAAGCUCCAGCCACCAGCUGAAGAAGAAGGAGAAGAAAAAAAGUAGAUCUGGUGGUAUAGAUGUUGUAAAAUUGUUAAUAUUUUUUUUAUAUAUUCCUCGUUUUAAU